AUGAGUACUACAGGGAAAGUGAUCAAGUGCAGAGCAGCCGUACUCUGGAAGGCUGGUGCACCAUUUUCCAUUGAGGAGGUAGAAGUGGCCCCACCAAAGGCAAAGGAAGUUCGCAUAAAGAUCACGGCCACGGGGCUCUGUGGUACAGAGAUUAAAAUGUUGGAGAAUCAAAUGCAGUAUCCCAUCAUUUUGGGCCAUGAAGGGGCUGGAAUCGUUGAGAGUGUGGGAGAAGGAGUGAGCACUGUGAAAGCAGGUGAUAAAGUUAUCACACUCUUUCUACCACAGUGUGGAGACUGUGCCUCAUGCCUUAAUUCUGAAGACAACUAUUGUAUACAACUCAAACAGUCGUAUACCAGCCUGAUGACUGAUGGUACCAGUAGAUUUACCUGCAAGGGAAAACCAAUAUAUCACUUUGCCAAUACGAGCACCUUCUCUGAAUACACAGUGAUAAGAGAAAUCUCAGUUGCCAAGAUCGAUGCAGUGGCUCCUCUGGAGAAAGUAUGCCUCAUCAGCUGUGGUUUUUCCACUGGGUACGGUGCUGCAAUCAAUACUGCCAAGGUGACCCCAGGCUCCACCUGUGCGGUGUUUGGCCUUGGAGGAGUCGGCCUGUCGGUUGUCAUGGGCUGUAAAGCGGCUGGAGCAGCCAGGAUCAUUGGGGUGGACAUCAACAAAGACAAAUUUGAGAAGGCGAAGCAAGUGGGCGCCACUGAGUGCAUCAGCCCACAAGACUUUAAGAAACCCAUCCAAGAUGUUUUAGUUGAAAUGACAGGCGCUGGUGUGGAAUUUUGCUUUGAGGUCAUUGGAAAUCCAGAAAUGGUGGCAGCUGCCCUGGCCUCAUGCCAUGAGAGCCAUGGAGUCUGCGUGAUUGUUGGGCUCUUGGAUUAUGGUGUCCAGCUCAACAUCAAUGGCUACUUGUUCUUCUCGGGACGUUCUUUGAAGGGAUCUGUUUUUGGAGGCUGGAAAAGCAGAGAGAGCGUCUCUAGACUGGUUUCAGAUUAUAUGGCAAAGAAGUUUAAUCUAGAUCCACUGAUUACCCAUACUAUGAAGCUUGAUAAAAUCAACGAAGCCGUUGAAUUCAUGAAAACCGGAAAAUGUAUUCGCUGUGUCCUAUUAUUUUAAGUACAAUGUAAUGAACGCAAGACCUGCGGCAUAUUUCACCAACUAAAUUGCAUCCUGUAAAACUUCCAUGACUUAGAAGAAUUAUCCACAUAGCGCUGUUUCUAUGUUCUUGCCUCUGAUUCAUUCAGUAGUGGGCUCAUAUCUGACUUCUGCUCUCAACACCUCAUCAAAAUUGGUCUUAUGUCACCCAAUCCCACCCAGGAACGUCUCCCUGUUAGAGCUAGUUUAGGGUUGAUUUGAAUCACCCAAUUCCAAACCCUUCAAACAAACAGUCACCCCAAGAUACUCCCAUUUUCAUAGUUGCCUCUACCUCUGGGCCCCUGUUUCUUUGCACACUAUGUCUCUCAACCCCAUGAAACUCCACUCAUUUCACACCGAAGAAACAAAACUCACCACUCAUGAGUUUAUUGAACAUUCAGGUUAAAGCAAGCUGGUGGGGGGAAGGGGACUUUAUUACAUCAACUUAAAUAAAUCCCAGUUAAACACUAAGUACUUCAUUCUCAGUAUUACUCACCCCAGAGAAACUUCUACUGGUGUUUCAUCUUAUAUAACCCAGCCUCAAACCAUCACUUAAAAUACUUCUAUGGCACUCACCUCUUCUC